AUGGAAGCUGAAACUGUUGUGAAUGUGGUGAGACCUCAGCAAGGGCUCAUCCAGCGAGUGGUUCCUGCUUUGUUACCUGUCCUUUUGGUCUCUGUUGGAUAUAUUGAUCCUGGAAAAUGGGUUGCAAAUAUUGAAGGAGGUGCCCGUUUUGGGUAUGACUUGGUCGCUGUUACUCUGCUCUUGAAUUUAGCUGCCAUCUUGUGUCAGUAUGUGGCGGCUCGAAUAAGCGUUGCAACUGGUAGAAACUUAGCGCAGAUCUGCAAUGAAGAAUAUGAUAAGUGGACGUGCAUGUUCUUGGGCGUUCAGGCGGAAUUCUCUGCAAUUCUACUCGACCUUACCAUGGUUUUGGGUGUUGCACAUGCACUUAACCUUCUCUUAGGGGUAGACUUAUCCACUGGAGUGUUUUUAGCCGCCAUGGAUGCAUUUUUCUUCCCUGUUUUCGCCUCUUUCCUUGAAAAUGGGAUGGCAAAUACAGUAUCCAUUUGCUCAGCAGGCCUGGUUUUAUUUCUAUAUGUUUCUGGUGUCUUGCUGAGUCAGUCGGAGAUCCCAUUCUCUAUGAACGGGGUGUUAACUCGCUUAAAUGGAGAAAGCACAUUCGCACUGAUGGGUCUUCUUGGAGCAAGCGUCGCCCCUCACAAUUUUUAUAUCCAUUCUUAUUUUGCUGGGGGAAGUACAUCUUCGUCUGAUGCCGACAAGAGCAGCUUGUGUCAAGACCAUUUGUUCGCCAUCUUUAGUGUCUUCAGCGGAAUUUCAGUUGUGAAUUAUGUACUGAUGAAUGCAGCAGCAAAUGUGUUCCACAGUACUGGCCUUGUGGUACUGACAUUUCAGGACGCCAUGUCACUGAUGGAGCAGGUAUUUGGAAGUCCACUCAUUCCGUUGGUCUUUUUGAUGCUCUUGUUCUUCUCUAGUCAAAUUACGGCACUAGCUUGGGCUUUCGGUGGAGAAGUUGUCCUGCAUGACUUCCUGAAGAUAGAAAUACCUAGUUGGCUUCAUCGUGCUACAAUCAGAAUUCUUGCAGUUGCCCCUGCCCUUUAUUGUGUGUGGACAUGUGGUGCAGACGGUAUAUACCAGCUACUUAUAUUCACCCAGAUCCUCGUGGCGAUGAUGCUGCCGUCCGCUGUAAUACCGCUGUUCCGCAUUGCCUCGUCCAGGCAAAUAAUGGGUGUCCAUAAAAUUUCACAGGUUGGCGAGUUCCUUGCACUUGCAACGCUUUUGGGGUUUCUGGGUUUGAAUGUCGUUUUCGUUGUGGAAAUGGUAUUUGGGAACAGUGACUGGGCUGGCGGGUUGAGAUGGAACACCUUGACUGGCACCUCUGUUCAGUACACCACUUUGCUUGUAUCGUCUUGUUCAUCCUUAUGCCUGAUGCUCUGGCUUGCAGCUACGCCGCUGAAAUCUGCCAGUAACAUAGUAGACGCUCAAAUAUGGAACAUGGAUGUUCAAAAUGCUUUAUCUUAUCCAUCUGUUCAAGAAGAGGAAACUGGAAAGCUUGAAACAAGGCAGGAUGAAGAAGAACCGGCAGUGCAGCUGGAAAACCGGGUAAAAGAUCAAUUAGAUACUACUUCUGUCACUAGCUCAGUCUAUGAUUUGCCAGAUAAUAUUCUAAUGACGGAUCAAAAAAUCCGUUCGUGUCCUCUAGAGGAAAGCAAGUUGGACGUGAAAGUCUCCGCCUCUCAAGUUACUAGUUUUGGGGAAAUUUCAGAUGUGAAGGAACAGACAGUUUUGCAGUCAACGGUGACCAAUGAGGUUACUGAUGAUAAGGAUUUGGUUGUUGAAACAAAGAUGGCAAAGAUUGAACCGAUGAGUCCUGUGGAGAAGACUGUUAGCAUGGAGAAUAAUAUCAAGUUCAUUGCAAAGGACGUUGAAGGAGUUUCAUGGGAAACAGAAGAAGCUACCAAAGCUGCCCCUGCACUCAACUUUGCUGUUGUAUCUGAUGGUCCACCUUCAUUCCGCAGCCUAAGAAGCGAGGAAGGGGGAAGUGGUGCCGGAAGCCUUUCCCGGUUGCAAGGUUUAGGUCGUGCUGCUCGACGACACUUGUCUGCGAUUCUUGAUGAGUUUUGGGGACAUUUAUAUGAUUUUCAUGGGCAAUUAGUUGCUGAAGCCAGGGCAAAGAAACUAGAUCAGUUGUUUGGCGCUGAUCAAAAGUCACCCUCGCCUGUGAAAGUGGACUCUUUUGUAAGGGACACUAGCAGUGGAUAUUGCAUGUCACCAACAGCAAAGGGAUUGGAAUCACAGAUGAAUUCGAGUUUGUAUGAUUCAAUGAAACAGCAGCAGAGGACACCUGGAAGUAUCGAUUCUUUAUAUGGACUACAAAGAGGUUCAUCACCAUCGUCAUCACCGUUGGUCAACCGUAUGCAGAUGAUGUCUGCAUACGGUAACACUGCCAAUAAUAAUGCUUAUGAAUUGAGUGAGAGAAGGUACUCUAGCCUGCGUGCUCCAUCAUCUUCAGAGAGUCGGGAACACCAACAACCAGCUACGAUUCAUGGAUACCAGAUUAAGUCCUAUGUUGACAGUUUGGCAAAAGAAAGGCUUGAAGCUUUACAGUCCCGAGGAGAGAUCCCAACAUCUCGACCUAUGGCCCUGGGUUCAUUGAGCUAUACACAGCAACUGGCUUUAGCCUUAAAACAGAAGUCCCAGAAUGGUCUAACCCCUGGACCAGCUCCUGGGUUUGAGAACUUUGCUGGGUCUAGAAACAUAUCGAGACAAUCUGAAAGAUCUUACUACGGUGUUCCAUCUUCUGGAAAUACCGAUUCUGUAAACGCCGUAGUUGCUAAUGAGAAGAAGUAUAGUAGCAUGCCAGAUAUAUCUGGAUUGUCUAUGUCAGCAAGGAACAUGCAUUCACCAAACAACAAGAGUGGAUACUGGGAUGCGGCAUCAACUGGAGGAGGAACAGGGUAUAGCGCUUCGUAUGUUCGGUUAAGCAAUGAAUCAUCAUCAUUAUAUUCUAAUUUGGGGUCAAGGGUUGGAGUAACCUCGGGUUAUGAAACCAUCUCUCAGUCAAGAGGAGGCUACAGAGAUGCCUAUGCUUCACCACAGAGUGCAACAACAGGGACUGGAUCGCUUUGGUCCAGACAGCCCUUUGAGCAGUUUGGUGUAGCAGAGAGGAACGGCGCUGUUGGUGAAGAAGUAAGAAAUAGAUCAAAUCCGAUAAAUAUAGACAACAACAACGCAUCCACUGUGGAUGCAGAGGCUAAGCUUCUUCAGUCGUUCAGGAACUGUAUACUAAAGCUUAUUAAACUGGAAGGAUCAGAAUGGUUGUUUGGGCAAAGCGAUGGAGUCGAUGAAGAACUGAUUGACAAAGUAGCUGCAAGAGAAAAGUUUAUCUAUGAAGCAGAAACGCGAGAAGCAAACCAAGUGGGUCACAUGGGCGAGCCUCAGGUUUCAUCAGUUCCUAACUGUGGAGAUGGUUGCGUUUGGAGAGCUGAUUUGAUUGUGAGCUUUGGUGUUUGGUGCAUUCACCGUGUCCUUGACCUGUCUCUCAUGGAGAGUCGUCCUGAGCUCUGGGGAAAAUACACUUACGUUCUCAACCGCCUUCAGGGAGUUAUAGACCCGGCGUUCUCAAAGCUGCGGACACCGAUGACACCGUGCUUCUGCCUUCAGAUUCCUGCGAGCCACCAGAGAGCGAGUCCGCCUUCAGCUUCAAACGGAAUGUUACCUCCGGCUGCAAGACCAGCCAAAGGCAAAUGCACAACAGCAGUCACACUUCUUGAACUAAUCAAAGACGUUGAAAUAUCAAUCUCUUGUAGGAAAGGCCGGACCGGUACAGCUGCUGGAGACGUGGCUUUCCCAAAGGGGAAAGAGAAUUUGGCUUCUGUACUGAAGCGGUAUAAGCGUCGGUUAUCGAAUAAACCAACCGGUAUGAAUCAGGAUGGACCUGGUUCGAGAAAGAACCUGAAUGCAGCAGCUUCUGUGUACGGAUCAAUGGGUUGA